UAUAUAUGUAUAUAUAUAUAUAUAUAUAUAUAUCUAUAUGUGCCUAUAGGUAUAAUAUGCUGCUCAUUUGACUUUUCAAAGAUUGUUUACAAGCAAUCGCCAAUACAGAGCAUAAGCAUUACAAUAUAAAUAAUUUAUAAAAUAAAAAUAUUAGACUGGUUAACCAUAAGAUUAAUCCAAAUAAUAAUAAAUAAUAAAAGUGUUGUGUGAUAAAAUGUACUAAGCGUCUCUUUCAAUGUCCUGCUGGCGCUGGAUUGAUUGCUAUAACGCUUAUAACGACAGUCAUUUGGCAAGCCACUUGUUGCGUCUAGGUUAUGGUGUCAUAAACAAUUGUUAUCAUGGUGAUAAAAUUAACAAUAAAUUGAUUAUUAGUAAUCAUAAUGCAAGAUCGUGUUGUUGGAGGCAUGGAGGCUCCUGGUAUGAGCCUCUUCCAGGGCUCCGAUAGCAUUAAAAUAAGUACUAUUGUACACAGGCAAGAGGAGGAUGAGGAACAGGAGGAUUUGAAGCGACGUAAUGAAGAGAUCAAAGAUAUUUUGACAAAUGCCUUUGAAGAUUUGGACGAGGAUGAUGAAGUGAGCUCGGUUAACAGCAGCAAUUUUCAUGAUACCCGAGAUGCAGACCCAGAUGUCAGCAAUAGCCUAGUAAAUAACUGCUCAAAAAGUCAAAUAAUUAACAAUGACAAGGCAGCGCCUACACUGUCGCAAUAUCAAAAAGACUUUGGCAUCUAUACGUCCGAGGGGAAAACUAAUUAUGCCAUGAGUACUCCAUAUUAUACUGGUAAAACGAACUCCGAUAUGCAGCGCGAGUUUGAUAUCUAUGGGCAAUUAGGGACACCGCGUACGAGUAAUAGAGACAACAACUCGUUAAAUUCUAUAGCUGAAAGUCCGUAUGAGUUGCCACGACCACCGAGUCUCACGAAUCCAAUGACAUUUCCGAAUGAUUUGAGAGCGCAAAUAAAUGAUGGGUACACUUUACUAGACAAUUAUCCAUCAAAUUACGAAACUCCGUCUAAUCAUUUCGAUACACAGAAUGCUAAAUACUCAAACAAUGGAUACAUCGAGCCUUACGACAAUAAUAGUCCGCUAGAAAAAAUUAAAGAGGUUGGCAGUGGUGAAAAUGACGUUGGCUCUGAUCAUUACAAUCAUUGCUACAAAGUCAGUCCCAAUGGACGACCGGUUAUUAGUAAUGACACAAACGCUUACAAAACUGCUGAGUACAAUAGCAAAGAACAGCUAGAAGUACUUUAUUCGGUGAGGAUGCGCGAGAUCCAGCGGCUGACUGAGGAAUUACAGCAGCUGCAGCUGGAAAAGGAGGAAGAAAAAAAUCAGCUCUCAAGGAAGCUGGCGUUAACUCAAGCUGAGGUCGAGAGAUCAAAUUUGUCGAGGAAUCAGGCUCAGAACGCUCUGAUUGACGCCAAGGCGGAAAUCGCUCAACUUCAGGGACAGAUAGACGGGUUUAAAGAAAAAAUAUCUGUUUUGGAGAAGACCAAUAAAAAUAUGAGCGAUGAAUUGAAAGUCGCGAAGAAUUCAGUUGUUGAUUUGCAGCAGAAAAUAGCUGUGUUGGAAAGAGUACAAAGUUUACAAGCUAAUGAUAAGACUCAUGAAAAGUUUUUGAAACAGGCGCAAGAAAAACACAGUAUUGAAAUGAAAAAUAUGCAGACGCAGAUUGAUUUGCUCACUGAUAAGCUUAAUGAGAAGGAGUCAAUGUACGUGAGUUUAGAGCAUAAGUUAGCGGAAGUAAGACGAGCGCAUGAAACAUUGAUGGUUGAAAAAGGCGACACGAUGAAUCGACUGUCAAAGGCAUUGGAAGAAAGUCAAAUUCAAUGUCGUAAUCUCAUGGCAACUAAUAAUGCUCAGGAAAUUAUGCAGUUGGAAAAUCGUGUUAAAAUAUUGACCCAGGAAAAAGAAGAAGUCCUGAAGACAGUUCAAGAAUUAAAACAUAAAUUAGACGUAGCUAAAAGUGAUGCCCUGCAAUAUGAUUCACUGUUGACGUCAACGAUGGAAGAAGAAUCGGAUUCUAUUAGGCAAAUGAAGCUCGGUGAGCUGCAUAAUAAAUCAAGAAACAAAUCGGGCGAAGAUAUCACGAAUAAAUUACGGGGUGAAUUACAGAGAUGUAUCGCUGGUCAAGCAAUAAAACGUAAGGAGAUAACGCGACUGGAGAAUACAUUAGCUCAGAAGGACAAAGAGCUUGAGAAGGCUUAUUCACGAGCCGAUACUUGCCAACAAGAGGCCGCCCGUUAUGCAAAGCGUGUCAAUGAACUCGAGCAUGAGCUUAAUUCUUUUAUCAGUGAUCACUCGAUAAAAGCGACAAAUCAAAUUAAAAAAUUAACAGAACACCUGACUGAAGUGAGGGAACAGAAUGCGACGUUGAUGCAUGAAAAAACUAGACUGCAGGAAAAAUUAGAGGAAACUUUAGCAAAUCAAGAGGAAACCAUUCGUAAAAUUCAGCAUGAGACUAUGGCGCAGCAGGAGAAAGAAAUAAUUGGUGAGUUUAAUAAAGAGUACCUGGAAAUUCAUGACAAGGCCGUUGAACGUGCUCGUCAAGAAGCGCAUCUGGAAAUAGUGCAAUUAACCGUGCAAUUAGAGCAAACACAAAGAGAACUUGAUCGCGUUAAGGAAUUGUACAUAGAAGUUUGCGGGACAAAAGAACAGUUGAUAAAUGACCAUAAGGAGGAAAUUAAAACGUUGAAAGAGACUUAUACCAAUUUAGAGAUGCAGAAACAGGAGAUCGAUUAUGUUAAACUGGAGCUUGAAUCGCAAAUUAAAAUUACCCAGCGAUUGACUCACGAGUGUGAGUCUUAUAAAAAAAAAAUAAUUGAAUUAGAGAAGGAUUUGAGUUAUGAACGCAAGAAGAAAGUUGAGUAUGCGCGAAAAAUUCAUGAGGAAAUUGAGCGAGCUAAAGAAGAAGCACUUGCUGAGCUUCGCAAUGCUUAUCCUGAACGACAAAUCAGUAUUCUGUUACCUGACCAUUGCUCUGAACAUUCAGAUAAAAUAGCCCAGCUGGAAAGUGACUGCAAACGUCUUGAAGAGAAGCUGUCGAGUGCCGUCAAGGAUCAAGAAAAAAUGACUGAACUUGAGAGAAAUUUAGAUGAAGCGAAAAUAAAAAUAGCACAGAUGGAAAUUUCUCAUGAAACGAUGAAGAGAAAAUAUAGUAAUAUCGUUAAUGAAAGAAAUGAUUUAUUGGUGAAGUUGUCGAGACGUGAGCAUCAGUUGUCUGACUCAAAACACAGUAGUGAGACCAAGGAAGCUCAUCAAGCAAAUUUGUCUGCUAAAAUAAAUUUAGAAAAUGAUACGUUGAAAAAUUUGUGUGAAAAUUUACUGAAGGAUAAGAUUGAAUAUCAGACGAGGAUCGGCGAGCUGGAAAACCAAUUGACGGAAUGCAAGAAUAAGAUUGCGUAUUAUGAAAAUAAUGUAAGUAGGUCACAUGAUAGUUUAUCGAAUACGCGAAAUGACUUGGAGAAGGAAUUGAAUCAGUACAAAGAACUGGUGAGGAAGCUUACUGACCAGUUGAAUAGCAGCAAAAAUGGCCGUAGAGAUGAUAUGGAUGAACAGAAAGUAAAACAGCUGGAACUUGAACUCAAAGAAAAGGAAGCACAGCUUCAACGGCUGAAAGAUUUAGAAAAAAUAAAAGAUGAGAGAGAUAGUUUGAUAACAAAAUUGAAAAAUCAAGCUAAACAGUUUGAAGAGUAUGUUAAAAAUCAAAAACAAGUUUCUGCGGAAUUAAAUUUGUCACCACGGAGUACUAUUGAAGCCAAUGAUCUUCAGAGGAUGCGUGAGAUGUCUAUUAAAACAGUGCGCGAAGAAAUGGAACAAAAGGUCGCCGAAGAGCUGAGAAUAAUCGAGGACCAACAUCGUGCUAAAGAAAAAACUAUCGAAGAUCGAUAUAAAAAUAUCCUGUCGGAAUUGAAUCUCAAGUAUGCGGAAAAGACUAAAGAACUGGAAGCCAUGAGCGAAGCCAUGCUGACGGAAAAAAUAAAACUGCAGUCGUCUUUCAAAGCUCAAGAACAAAUCGUAACUCAGAUGAUUGAACAAAAAAUUACUGAGUACAAACAAGAAUUGUUGACCCGUAAAAUUACCAUUGAAAAUUUACAAGUUCAGUUGAGACAGAAAGAGAUUGAUAUUGAAGAAGUUAAAAACGUUAUGGCGCAAGUUAUGCCUGCCUGGGCUGCAGAAAAUCAAACGAUGAAGGAAAAUGAAGCUAAGAUGCAAGAAGAAAUUAAAAAAUUAAAAGAAAUGGAGGGUAAAUUUAAUGAUGAGAUUAAUAGAUUAAAACAAAAAGAAAAAGAAAUGAAAAACAGUAUUGACACAUUGAAACAUAAGUAUCAAUCAGCUAAAACUACUGCCAAUAAUUAUAAGGAGUACGCGGAACAAAAGGAAAAAUUUUUAAUGGGAGAGUGUAAACGAAUUGAAGAUGGUUACAAAAAAGCUAUAAAUCAAGUGCAACAAAAUGUUGAUGAAAUCGUUAGUACUCAGGAGUUACAGAUGAAAGAAAAAUUAAAAGAACUUGAAAGUCAGUAUGAAGAAAAGUUGCGGCAAACGCGGCACAAAAUUAAGUACAAAGAUAAACGUUGAGGUAUAAAAUAUUAAUUAUAUCUAUAUGUAUGUAUAUAUAUAAAAAUAUACAUACAUAUACAUAUAUAUAAAUAAUAUAGGUACGCAAUACUAGAUCUGUUUCCAGUGAAUGCCUUUUUUCUCGAUUUAGAAGAGGCUAGUUAUUUUUUAAUACAAAGCACUUUAUCGUACAACAAUUAUCUAAAUAUUAUUAUUAUUAUUAUUAUAUAUAUUACAAUUUUAAAUAUUAGAACAAUUAAGAACGAACAAAAAAUAAUU